AUGAUCAUUCAGUCAAUAUUAUUACAAAAGAAUUAAGGAUAUAAAAUUUAUUUAAAAAGAGAUUAUUUUUAAAAGGAGGAGGAAUCUAUAAGAGGGUACAAAAAGGUGAGGAAAUAAUAAUAUGCUGUACAAUAAAUUUGGGCUAUUGAACAUGUUUUUGACGGAGGAUGGUAUUUGUUGUUAAAUGCUGUAUAUACUAAAUUAAAGAUAAAUUUUGUACAAUUAAAUGCAUAAAAAUUUCAAUUAUCAUUAGCGGAAAUAUCAGUGUUUAUGACAGAAAAGGCAUCAAUAAUAAUUAUGAGCUUAAAAUUUUAAAGUAUAAUAGAAAAAACAAAAUUUCAAAAAGAAUUAUUGUAAAUGAGAAAUAAGGAUAUUAACAGUUAUAAAAUUGGAAGAGAUUAAAAUAGAACAUAAAAGAUAUCCUUCUUACUUAUUUUUGAUUUUAUGAACAUUUAAGUUUAAGCACUAUCACUUAUAAAAUCAGAUAAACUAUUAAAAUAUUUUUUACUAUAAUAUUGUUCCUUCAAUAAAAAAAACAAUUCUUAUUUUACCUAUUAAUUGAUUAAGUCUUACAAUAGACUUAUAAUUGAAAAUCAGUAACACUUUAAUAAUUAUAUCAACAAUAAAUAAUUUUAUAGCAAACUGUUUAAUUAAGAGUAGAUAAAAAAAUUAGCAUUUCUAAAAUAUUACUUCCAAGUACAUUUAUCAAAUAAUAUCGCUAUAAAUCCUAGAUUGAAAUGAUUUAUCAUAUUUUUCAUUUAUAAUCAUAACAUGUUGCUAUUGCAUUUUAUGAAUCAAUUCUUAAUUUCAUAAGAAAAACAAGGAACUUAGUUGUUAAAUAAGAACUAUAAAUUCAGUUGUUAAAUAACAAUAGCCCUCCUAUUCAGAUUAUGUUCUUAAAACAAUAAUUUUAUCAAUAUUUCAUAUCCAAGAGAAUAGUUACUUUAAUGAUGAAUAAUAUUUUAUUUAAGCACUUUCUUAUAAUUUAAAUGAAAAUAACUGAGUAUUGAAUGAUGAAAAUGUAAGAAUUUAUGACGAUUAAAAAAAAUAAAUUCUGUAUUUUUUUAUUUUGAUUAAGUGAUUUAGGAGGAAAAUCCUUUAAAAAUAUCUUUUGAAUUUAUUAAAGUAAUAGCAAGAAUGCUAUUUUGAAGAGAGAAAAUUUUAAUUAUAUAAAUAAAAUGAAGAAAUUUAACAACAAGAUUUAAAUAAUAUAUUUUUUGUGGCAACUUAACAAAAUGAAUAUAAUCCUCCAUCAAAAAUGUUAUCAUUGUUGAAAAAAACAUUAAAAAUAGGCUUUGUAUUGGAUGCUUUUAAGAGAAGGAUAAAUCAACAAUCCAUUUACAAGUUAAUAAUAAAAACUAUUAUCUUUAUGUUAAUAGAUUAAACUGUUAAAUGGUGA